GAAAGAGAAAAAUAUGACAAAAAAAGGCAAAAAAUUAUUUUUGAUUUGCAACAAGAAAAGAACGAAAACAUAAAAAAACUGUUAGCAGGAUAUAAUGAAAAAAUUUUAAAUAUACAAAAUUAUUUUAGACUAAUCUUAGAUGAUCAAUUAGGAAUUAUUCACGCACUAGAGGAUGACAACCUUAUAAAAACUAAAAUAUUUUUUUCAAAAAAAAAGUACUUAGAAGAAUUAAAAAAAAGCAUAUUCACAGAUGGAAAAAAAUUAGAUAAUUUAGACAGAGAUGUGACGUUACUAAAAAAAGAUGUUACAUAUUAUGAAAAACUAAAAACUGAUUUAAAAAAAAUAAAAAAUAAAAGAAAAAAACAACAAAGCAUAUUAACAGAGUUAAAAUUAGAAACCGAUGUAAAAAAAAUGCUAUUUAUAAAAUUAUGUAAACAAUAUGAAGACAUCUAUAAUAAAAAUAAGAUGGAGUUGUAUAAUAAUAUACAACAAAUGUUAUUAGAAAAUCAUAUUUUAGAAACAAGAAUAAAGAUCCAAAAUAAAAAGUUUGAAAUAAAUAACUUAGAGCUGGAAAAGUGGAAAGAAUCACUUGAUAUAAAUCAAAACGAAGUCCUAAAUAAUUUUUUACAAAAUAAGUUUCAAAAUUUUGAAGUAUUAAAAAAAGAAGUUGAAGAUUUAAUAGAUGUACAACAAAAAAACAAAGAAAAUUAUGAAGCUAUACUACAUCUUAAUUAUGUGCCAAAUGAAGAUCUGGACAUUUUGAAAAGAGAAGAAAAUGUAUAUUAAAACAAAAUGGGGAAUCAAAAUAAAAAAGAAUAAACAAAGGAACACUUAUAUUAUUUUUUUUAUUUUUUUUCUUUUUUAAUAUAUAUUUAUAAAUGUAUAUUCAUAAAAAAGCACCCUUACUCACAAAUCUUA